AUGGCUGCCCACGGGGGCUCCGCGGCGUCCUCGGCGCUGAAGGGGUUAAUCCAGCAGUUCACCGCCAUCACCGGUGCAAGUGAAAGUGUAGGGAAACAUAUGCUUGAAGCCUGCAACAAUAAUCUGGAGAUGGCCGUCACAAUGUUUUUGGAUGGUGGUGGAAUCGCUGAAGAGCCCAGUACCAGUUCAGCAAGUGUCUCUUCUGUUAGACCACAUACAGAAGAAGAAGUUCGUGCCCCAAUUCCUCAAAAACAGGAAAUAUUGGUAGAACCAGAACCUUUGUUUGGUGCUCCUAAAAGACGGCGACCUGCACGUUCAAUAUUUGAUGGUUUUCGGGAUUUUCAAACUGAAACUAUUCGGCAAGAACAAGAGUUAAGAAAUGGAGGAGCCAUAGAUAAGAAACUAACUACCCUGGCAGAUCUGUUUCGGCCACCCAUUGAUUUGAUGCAUAAGGGCAGCUUUGAAACAGCCAAAGAGUGUGGGCAGAUGCAGAAUAAGUGGCUGAUGAUAAACAUUCAAAAUGUACAAGACUUUGCAUGCCAGUGCCUCAACCGUGAUGUAUGGAGCAAUGAUGCUGUGAAAAAUAUUAUCCGGGAACAUUUCAUUUUCUGGCAGGUUUAUCAUGACAGUGAGGAAGGUCAGAGAUACAUACAGUUUUAUAAGCUAGGGGAUUUCCCCUAUGUUUCCAUCUUGGAUCCACGGACAGGUCAGAAGCUAGUAGAAUGGCACCAGUUAGACGUAUCUUCUUUCUUGGACCAAGUGACAGGAUUUCUUGGUGAACAUGGGCAACUGGAUGGACUUUCUAACAGUCCCCCCAAAAAAUGUGCCCGUUCAGAGAGCCUUAUAGAUGCAAGUGAAGACAGCCAGCUAGAAGCUGCCAUCAGAGCCUCCUUGCAAGAAACACAUUUUGAUUCAUCACAGACAAAACAGGAUAGCCGCUCGGAUGAAGAAUCUGAAUCUGAACUUUUUUCUGGCAGUGAGGAAUUUAUAUCCGUUUGUGGCUCUGAUGAAGAAGAUGAUAUAGAGAAUCUUGCCAAGUCCAGAAAGUCUCCCCAUAAAGAUUUGGGGCAUAGAAAAGAGGAAAACAGAAGGCUGCUAACUGAGCCCCCACCCAGAACUGAGCCUGGAGCAACCACAAACCACCAAGGAUUGUCAGUCAUGGAUUCAGAAAUAUUAGAGAUGUCACCUGAGAAAUCAGAUGGAAUAGUGGAGGGCAUAGAUGUAAAUGGACCAAAAGCACAGCUGAUGUUGCGGUAUCCAGAUGGAAAAAGGGAACAAAUCACUCUUCCAGAGCAAGCUAAAUUGCUAGCUUUGGUGAAGCAUGUCCAGUCUAAAGGAUAUCCAAAUGAACGUUUUGAACUUCUCACCAACUUCCCUCGAAGAAAACUCUCUCAUCUGGACUAUGACAUAACAUUACAAGAGGCAGGCCUUUGUCCUCAAGAGACUGUCUUUGUACAGGAAAGAAAUUAA